UCUCACUGCCACCCCCAUACCCUGCACGUGCACCCCUUUUUCCCUUUUUCUUCUCCUCCUCUUUCUCCUCUCUAGCGACGACGAACAACAGGGCUCUCCCUGUUAUUCUUCUCCAAGCUUGCAACCCCUUCUCUUCUUCUUUUCUCUUCUCCAACGGCAACAAGCUUCUCCUUCCUUGCUGUCCUGCUUCUCGGUAGCAUCGUCGGAGCUCCUCGGAGUGUGCCGGAGCUCGCAGGACCACUAGGAAAGAGGGGAAAACAAAGUCCUAAUUGCUGCCCUCUUUUCUAGCCAAGCACAACAGGCACCGAAGCUAGCUCGCCAAGACAACCGGUGAAAAAGGGAAAAUCCCUAGCUGUUGUCCUUUUCUUGGCAGCACCGCCGAAGUUUGUCGGAGCUCGCCGGAGCUAGCUGAGACAGCCAGCGACAAAGGGAAAACAACCCUAGUUGCUGCCCUCUUUUUUUUUCCAGCAGCCAUAGAAAAAUCCUUAGAAGAUAGCUACUUAAAGAGCUAGCAACGUAACAUGGAGGCUAGGCGAGCAGAGGUUGAACAGAUACUUCAAAUGGCUGAAGGGGAUGGAGAAUAUAGCUAUGCCGCUAAUUCUAGGGGUCAUAAAAAGCUAAUUAUUAUGACAAAAUCCAUGUUGGAGAAUGCCAUAGAGCAAAUGUUCAAGACCUUGCUCCUUAAGAGAAUUACUAUUGUCGAUCUCGGUUGUGCUUCAGGCCCCAACACCUUGUUAGUGCUCUCUCAAGUUAUUGACAUUAUCAGUAAGUUACAUAAACAAUCGAAGGUGGAGACACUUCCAGAAAUCCAAUUCAUCUUGAACGACCUGCCAUCGAAUGACUUCAACAGUGUUUUUCAAUCCUUGGAAGAGUUCAAAAAGAAGAUUAAGGAAGAAAGAGAAAACCUACUUAUACCAUAUUAUGUUGCAGCUGUUCCAGGGUCAUUCCAUGGGAGACUUUUUCCUUCUUCCACUGUUCAUUUCUUUCACUCUUCCACUAGUCUCCAUUGGCUAUCUCAGGUUCCUAAAGAACUUGAGAGGACACAAGGUAUUUCACAAAGCAAAGGAAAUAUUUCCAUCACAAGGACUAGCCCCCCUUGGAUAGUAAAAGCAUAUCAAGAACAAUUUCAAAGAGAUUUCUCUAUAUUUCUUAAGUCUCGUUUUGAAGAAUUAAGUGUUGGAGGAGGAGCAUGGUUAACAUUUCCCGGAAGAGAUCAUGUAGAUGGUGACUCAUUAAGCCACCUUUCUGAACUAUUAGCAGAUUCCCUUAAUGCGAUGGCUGAAGAGGGGAUCAUUUCUAAAGCUAAAGUGGAUGGUUUAUAUUUUCCGUUCUACGUGCCAUUGUUGGAGGAAGUGAAGUCGAUAAUUCUCGGUGAAAGUUCAUUCCAUAUAGAACAAGCACACUUGCUAAGCAAUAACAUAGAACUUUACAUUGUACAAGAUGGGAAGAAGAUCGCAAACAGUUUUCGUGCCGGGAUUGAAUCCUUCGUUGCCCAUCACUUCGGGGAUGACAUCCUCGAUGAACUAUUUGAAAGAUUUGCUGAAAAAAUUUCAAGGAGCAUUCUUGAAGAAAAGCUCACUAAGUGCAAUACAUUGAAUAUUGUCAUUGUGUUGAAGAAGAACACUCCACAAUAAUCAUCUAGUGGAUGCAUUAUAAGUAAGCAAACAAUCAAAUUGUAUCAGUAAAAUUUACAUCCAAGUUCCUUUUCUUCUUCCUUC